AUGGCACCUUAUUCUACUCCCCCUAACGAAAAGGCUGAGGUCUUGGAGGCAGAGACAGCACCCAACCGACAUCAUGAUGGAACACAAGUUGGCCGCAUUGAUGCUAUGGCCACAGCACCCGGGGUAACACUCGAGUCUUUUUCUCACCUUGAUGAGAAGAAGAUUUUGCGCAAGAUGGACAUGCGCUUGAUCCCCAUGCUAGCACUUCUGUAUCUCCUCUCAUUCCUCGACCGAGGAAACAUCGGAAACGCGAAAAUCGAAGGCCUCCAAGAAGAUCUCAACAUGACCCCCGACCAAUACAACUGGUGUCUUACCGUCUUCUUCUUCACAUACGCCGCCUUCGAAGUUCCAUCCAACCUCCUCCUCAAAAAGCUCCGACCCAGCGUUUGGCUUCCCAUUAUCAUGAUUGCUUGGGGUGUUGUGAUGACGUUGAUGGGUAUUGUCCAGAAUUACACUGGUCUUCUUGUCGCUCGCGUCUUUCUCGGCCUUACCGAGGCUGGUCUUUUCCCAGGCGUUGCGUACUACCUUACCAUGUGGUACUGCCGACACGAAAUCCAAUUCCGACAAGCCCUUUUUUUCUCGGCUGCUUCUAUCGCCGGUGCCUUUAGCGGUCUUCUCGCCUUCGGAAUUGCAAAGAUGGACGGCGUUGGUGGUCUCGAAGGAUGGCGCUGGAUCUUUAUUCUGGAAGGGAUCGUCACUGUUAUUGUUGCCAUCUUUGCAUUUUGGGCUCUUUACGAUUUCCCCGAGACCGCAGGUUUUUUGACUGAAGAAGAGCGUGCCUUUGUUGUUUUCCGACUUAAGUAUCAGGGUCAGCAAAAGGCGGCCGGUCAGAGCCAGUCUCGUGUUGCGCAGAGUGAUGAGUUCAAAUGGGCUUAUGUCUGGGAUGCAUUCAAGGAUUGGCAGAUCUGGGUCAAUAUCUUUGUGUACUGGGGAAUUGUUUGCCCACUCUACGGAAUCAGCCUCUUCUUGCCCACCAUUAUUCGAAACCUCGGUUACAGUUCGAGCACUGCUCAGCUCAUGACUGUGCCCAUCUACAUCACAGCAGCUAUUCUGGCUGUGGUUGUGGCAUGGACUUCGGAUCGAGUUGGAAAGAGAAGCCCAUUCAUCGUGGCAUUCCUCUGUGUCAUGGUUGUUGGUUUCUCAAUGUGUAUUUCUACUCACAACCCAAAGGUUGUCUAUGGUGGAGUUUUCAUUGCAGCUUGCGCCAUUUACCCAGCCUUCCCUGGAGUUAUUACAUGGCUGGCCAACAAUCUGUCGGGAAGCUACAAGCGAAGUGUCGGUAUGGCUAUCCAGAUCGGUGUUGGAAACCUUGGUGGUGCCAUGGCAUCCAACUUUUAUCGGCAAAAAGAUGGUCCUCGGUAUAUACUAGGCCAUGCUUUGGAACUUGGCUUUAUUGGCGCAGGAAUCAUCGCCGCUCUUAUCUUGAUCUUUAGCUACAGUCGCAUCAACAAGAGCCGCGAUAGCAGAAUGGCGGCCGGCGAGCACGAGACCAUAUCGGAAGAAGAACUUUCAGCCAAGGGAGAUAAGGCUGUGACCUGGCGAUACAUGCACUGA